UUCUUUUAUUUGUUGGCACGUUUUGUCUUACUUACUGCUAUUAAUCUAUCAAACUAAAUGAAAAUACAUUUGCGAAUUCUUGAAUUUUCAUAUCCAUUACUUUCCUUGUACAUUGUAGUGGAUCAUUAAUUCAUUACAUUUUGCACGUAACAAACCAUGAAAUGGAUUUUCUUUUUCUAUUUGCUCGUGUGAAACCCUAGAAUACCAUCUCAAGUUCACUCUCAAGAUCGAGUCUUUUACGCUAGGGGGUCAAGAUUCUCUCUGAAUUCAAUCUCAGAGAUCAUUUGAACAAUGUCCAUUUGAAGAGAAAAAAGAAAAUUCUGGGGUUUGAGCUUUCGUUUUGAAAAUUCGAGGGAGGAGGAAUAAAGGAGAAAUUUUGGUAAAAUGAUGUCAAGAUCUUAUACCAACCUUCUGGAUUUAGAAUCUGGGAAUUUAUCUAUAAUGGGCAAGGAGAAGGAGCGGAAGCGGUUCCCAAGGGUAAUGACAGUCCCGGGGAGUAUAACGGAGCUAGAUGAUGACCAGACUAAUAGUGUUACAUCAGAAAACCCAUCUUCAGUUGCUGGUGAAAGAAUGAUUAUCGUGGCAAACCUUUUGCCUUUGAAAGCAAAGCGAAGGCCAGACAAUAAAGGGUGGAAUUUUAGUUGGAAUGAGGAUUCCUUGCUUUUGUGGGUAAAGGAUGGCUUUCCAGAAGACAUGGAGGUGCUGUAUGUUGGGUCAUUACCUGUUGAUGUCGAUCCGAUUGAACAGGAUGAUGUAGCCAGUUAUAUUUUGGAAAAAUUCAAGUGCGUCCCUGCUUUUCUUCCACCUAAUCUUCUGGGAAAAUAUUAUGAUGGCUUUUGCAAGAAGCAGUUGUGGCCACUUUUCCACUACAUGUUGCCGUUUUCAGCUGAUCAUGGAAGUCGGUUUGAUCGGACAACGUGGGAAGCCUAUGUAUCUGUGAAUAGGCUGUUUUCUCAGAAAGUGGUUGAGGUGCUAAAUCCCGAAGAUGAUUUUGUUUGGAUUCAUGAUUAUCAUUUGAUGGUAUUGCCCACUUUUUUGAGGAGGCGGUUUGUCCGACUGAGAAUGGGCUUUUUUCUUCACAGUCCAUUUCCUUCAUCUGAGUUAUACAGGACACUUCCUGUUAGAGAAGAAAUCCUUAAGGCCCUACUCAACUCUGACCUUAUUGGCUUUCAUACCUUUGAUUAUGCUCGGCAUUUCCUGUCCUGUUGCAGUCGGAUGUUUGGCUUGGAAUAUCAAUCUAAAAGGGGUUAUAUAGGACUAGAUUACUAUGGAAGGACCAUUGGAAUAAAGAUUAUGCCAGUUGGGAUACAUAUGGGCCAUAUUGAGUUAGCAAUGAAACUUCCAGAUAAAGAGAAGAAGUUCGAGGAGCUGAAGCAGCAAUUUGAAGGUAAAAUAGUGUUGCUUGGAGUUGAUGACAUGGACAUUUUUAAAGGUAUCAAUUUGAAGCUUUUAGCUAUGGAGCACAUGCUGAAGCAGCAUCCAAAUUGGCAAGGAAGGGUCGUUCUGGUGCAGAUUUGCAAUCCUGCCAGAGGGGAAGGAAUACAUAUGGAGAAUAUAAAAGCUGAAAUAGAGGAGAGCUGCCAAAGAAUCAAUAAAGAAUUUAUGAAGCCUGGUUAUGAGCCUAUUGUUCUUAUUCAUAGGCCUGUAUCAUUAAGUGAAAGAAUGGCUUAUUACAAUGGAUAUCCUCGUUCUGUACAGGCUUUAAGUGAUAGUACAACUCCUCAAUGGGGUUGGGGGAUGAAAGUAAAAGAUUCAAUCUAUUGUGCAGCAGCAGAGGUCAAAUAA